AUGAAGGACUCAGAAAUAUUGAGUAUGUUAAAUGGCAUAACUGAUGACCAAGCUGAGUAUUCAGAUAUCGGAGGGGACAGUGAUGCUGAAGACUGUUUACCUAUUGAAGUAAGUGUGAAUAGUUCAGUGACAAGAUCACUGAAUUCAUCUGGCCACAGUAGUACUCCGCAGGCACACAAUGUCGAAUCUCCAUUUACACCAAGUCCUAGCUCAUCUGUGUCUCUAAACCAAAAUUUAAGGCCUAAAAGAGCAAGACGAGUUCUUUUAGAACAGAUACCUAAUACAAGUUCAAGUGAUGACAUGGAUGAUCCAGACAAAGAUCCUGAUGUAUGUUUUUUACCUCUUGCCCCAAUUUCUGAUACCUCAAGUUCAGAUGAUGAUGAUGCCACUGAAAAUCCACAGAUAGAAAAUUCAAAUUUCAAAUGGUCCAAAAAUGUUAAUGAGUCUAAUUUAUAUGCUGCACAGUCAAACACUGAAUUAAAUUUAAGUGUUCCUGAAUUACAAGCAUUUAUAGGAAUUCUUAUUAUAAUGGGUUUUAAUCGUUUACCUAGUAUGAGAUUAUAUUGGUCGGAUGAUGAAAACUUUCAUAGUAAAAGAAUUGCAGACAUUAUGCCAGUUAAAAGAUUUUUAAAAAUAAUAAGGUUUUUGCACUUGAAUGAUAAUACUAAAAUGUUACCUAGAAGUUCCUUAGAAUUUGAUCGGCUAUAUAAAAUAAGACCCAUGAUAAAACAUCUAAAUACUGUUUUCCCUGAAAUGUUUUCGCCUUCACGUUUCAUGUCAGUUGAUGAAAGCAUGAUUGCAUUUACUGGCAGAACUACUAUGAAGCAAUACAUGCCCCUCAAACCAAUUAAACGCGGUUUUAAAGUUUGGGUUCUAGCUUGUUCUGUUACUGGAUACAUGUAUUCAUUUGAUAUAUAUACUGGGAAAGCACCUGGGGGUGAAACAACUUUAGGCCUAGGUGAGAAAGUUGUACUAUUAUUGACUCAUGCAUUAGAAGGCCUAGGUUAUUGUAUUUUUUUUUGA